AUGUCCACACCUAUACCAAAGUCUUUAACACCAAAACCGAAGGAAGACGUGACCAAAGAGGACGUCAAAGAGUUUGAUCCGUCGGGUAUUGUCCCAAAUGUGUCCCAUUGUUGCGAUUCUGCGAUUCUUAAGGACAUCAAUGAUUGCGAAGACGAGUCCCAUAAUGAACACACCAUUGCUUUCACUAAAUACACUUCUGGUGCAACAAAAUACAUAUCACUGAACAUUAGCUCAAUUUUCAGUGAAGACCAGACAAAACUGUGGUCCAAACCACAGACAAUUAUCAAUGAUCUCAUACUUUCUAAUGUAAUCCCAGAAUGGGAAAUUGGUUUCCCGUAA